AUGUCUUCCUCAGCCUCUGUACUUUUUUUCUAUCUCCUCUCUUUUGCCCUCCUUUUCCAAGCCCAAACCAUCCUCGGAGAAGCCCCUAUCUACCACUUCUGCUCAAAGGAUGGACAACCUUUCCCUGAAAAUGGAACCUACGACGCCAACUUGAAGAAGGUCUUGGACAAUCUCUCCAUGAAUACCCCUAAAACAGGCUUCGCCAACAACUCAGCCGGCGGCUACAAAGACAACGAGGCCUUCGGCCUCGCCCUCUGCCGCGGCGACACCAAUUCUACCGACUGCAAAAACUGCAUCGCCGACGCGAGGACGGAGCUCCACAACCAGUGCGGGAACAACAGAAGCGCGAUCGUAUGGUUCGACUGCUGUCUUUUGAGGUAUUCCGACAAAUCGUUCUUCGGCAUGAUCGACGAGAAGAACAGUGUCUAUCUGAUUAACGUGUUCAAUCUCACCAAUUCAACUUCAUUCGUCAACACGACCCUUGAUUUUCUAAGCGGUCUUUCCCGACAGGCUGUUAAGUCUGAAAAGCUAUAUUACGCCGGAAAGGAAAAGCCGAGUGAAUUUCCUACACUGUAUGGGUUGGUUCAGUGCUCAAGGGACCUAACAACUGAAAAUUGUACCACGUGUUUGGAUGAUGCAAUACGUGAUAUAUCCAAGUAUAGUGCAAAUAGGAAAGGAGGGAGGACUUUGUAUGCGAGUUGCAACGUAAGAUAUGAAAUUUAUCCCUUUGUUAAAGAUGAAUGA